AUGCCGCCCUAUAGUGCGCAUCGCGGCCGAUGGGAUGAAGCCUUCCGCCUCCUGAACCAGAAAGACAAGGCGACACUUGACGCCGAUAGAAUUAAUCGGUUUCAGGCAGAGGAUUUUAUUCGAUGUGUCGAGAAUAAACAAGCAUACUGCGAGUCGAAGCAGUGGACUCUCUUCACGAAAAACGAUGGUACAAAGGUGAAAAUCCGAGAUGUCCUGGGCAAGAUCGCAUCGUGGGUCAAGAAAUUUGAACCUCUCGGAGACGCUGCCACACAUUUUGGUCCAGUUCACGCUUCAUUGCCUUGGGCAGGGGUAAAAUUUCUGAUUGAGAUUACUGUUAAUGAAUUUGAGACGUAUGCAAAGAUGGUGGAGGGAUUGGAGAUUGUCUCUCAUAUAGUUGUACAAGUCACCCAAGUAGAAAUGAGCAUAUUGGGGUGGGGAGGCUUCAGGUCAGUACUUUCCCAAACUAUUGUCGACUUAUACGCCAAGAUAUUGAAAUUUCUGGCAACCGCUCGGCGGUUUUUCGAUCAAAAUGCUGGCGUUCGUUGGGUCAAGGGUAUAUUCCAACUCUUGAAAUCAACAGUGAAGGAAUUCAUUGACGGUAUCUCCUCUACGAUUCGCGAAGUGUAUGACUUAUCAAAUGAAGCACGGUGGCAACACAAUACUGCAAAGAGUGUAGAGCGCCAUAGUGAGCUGCUCUCAUCUCUUAAUGUCCUCAAGGAGGCGAUCACCAACACCACGAAGUCUGUUAACGACAGCCGAGCUCAAAUUCGAGAUUGGCUAGCUCCAGUAUCGACCGAAGAUGCUCGCAAUGAGACCAAGGCUAUUCGUCACGGGUCUACAUGUGACUGGGUGCUAGAUCUUGCUGCGUUUCAUAGUUGGGCCACUUGCGAGGGCAAGACAUCCAAGAUAUUCUGGCUUCAUGGGCCCGCGGGCUUCGGCAAGACCGUCCUAUGCUCGAGAAUCAUCGAUCACAUGGAGAGUCAGAGCAACUCAUAUGGCCGAGUCUUGUUUUUUUUCUGCUCUGGACAAGAUCGUGAGAGGGCACAUCCAUUCACGAUUUUAAAAUCGUGGAUAGGACAACUACUCGCCAAAGACGACACGGCUGUCCAAGUUGCUAUAAAAGAUGAGCAGCUGCAGCAAAAGAUCGGCGAAGGCGUCGCCAUCACAGAAGCUGACCAGGACUGCCUCUGGUCACUAUUUCGCGAAAUGAUCAAAGAGGUGUCACACUGCACCCUUGUUAUUGAUGGGUACGACGAAUGCAUUGAAACCUCCAUCGUUGUCUCGAAAUAUCACACUAGAUCUUGCCGAAUUCAUUUUCUCCAGGAGCUCAUAAGGGCAAUUGAUGGAACAGGAGCGCACGUCCUUCUAGUGAGCCGCAGUCAGCACGACAUCAAGGAGGUUGUGAUGGGAUGUUGCGGAGGCGCAGAAUUUGUGAGAGUCAUCGAGCACCCAAUCACGAAGGACGACACAAUGAAGGAUGUGUCAUCGUUCUCGGAGGCACUCUUUGCAAGAAAAAUCAAAAUGCCGCCUAAAAAGAGGAGUGACAUGGCAGUCAAGGCGGUCGAGAAGAGCGAGGGCAUGUUUCUCUGGAUUGCUCUGCUCGACAGAAGGCUUUGGUCGGGUGCCACUAAGAGGGAAGUAGAGGCGCUGCUAUCCGAGACGCCCAGUGCAAUAGACGAGGCCUACCAGAGGGAGCUGAGCAGGAUCCUGUAUCCUAGAGUCGACCAACGUCACGCGGAGCGGGUUGUGAUGAUUCUGAAAUGGGUCCUCUUUGCUGCUCGUCCUUUGGCAGUGCGCGAAAUGGCCGAGGCUCUCGCUGUCUCUUCCAACGACUCCCAAUCAAAAUAUCCCCACGAGGACCUCCCAGAUCCUUUCACAGAAGAAGACUUGGACGAAGAUUAUGUUGACAACUACAUAUUGAAGCCCUGUGGAUCCCUCAUCGAGCUGCGCAAAGAGCAUGCAGACACCCUGUUAGCAUCGCAGACUAUCCAUUUCGUCCACUUUUCUGUCAAAGAAUUCCUACUUCGAAAUCUCUUCGACAUCAAUGCGUUGCUGGACCAAAUCAAUCGAGGCAAUCAAAGCGACAGAAAGCUAUGUUUCGAAGAAGAGAAGAUUGAGCAUCAUCAAAUAGCAGGUCUUUGUCUCCAGUACAUGUGCUACGAUGAAUUUGAUGAUGCAUCCAACAACGGCAUGGAAAGCCCAGACGCUUUCUUUUGCACUUAUCCAUUCUUUUCCUACACUGCGACUAGUUGGCCAGACCACUUCUAUCGAGGUCAGUCCAGCAAUACAGGGUCUAAUAUGUCAAACCUAGUGUGGAAUUUGUUCAAAACGGCGCAUUGGAAGGUCUGGGCAGAGCUGUUUGAAGCAAAACUGCAAGACACUGGCCGAGAUUCGAGUUGUUUACAACGGCCUGCCUGGAUGAGGUCUCAUGGCCGUGCCGACAGUGGCUAUGGAUCUCUGGACAUAGGCCAGUUGGAAGAUUCAGAGAACGAAGGGGACGACUCAGACGAGAAUGCAGACGACGCUUCUUUCGAAAUUUCGACGCCAACUAUAAGACGAAAAAUCAGUCCGUCUCCGGUGUACUACGCAACUAUCCUUGGCCUCGCAGACAUCGUGGAGCGCUUAAUCGAGGAGGGUAAUAACUGCAACCUCCUAGGAGGUGAAUUAGGUACUCCAUUGCAGGCAGCGGUCGUGAAUGAGCAAGAGGCUACGAUUGAGGUGCUGUUGAAGCACAAGGCCAACGCAUCUCAAAAGGGGGGGAAAUAUGGCACUCCUCUAAUUGCUGCGGUUAUUCUGGGUUCUGAAGACAUCUUUGAUAAGCUUAUUGGCAGCUGCAAAGACAUUGAUGCAGCAGACAAGAGCGGGAAGACUGCGCUGCAUUAUGCCUGCGGCUUGGGAGCUGUUGACAUGGUGAAGAAGCUCGUCGAUGCAGGCGCGAGCCUGAGCUUGGCGUCCAAGUCAGGCCGCACGCCUCUGAUACGAGCGAUUGCACAGAAACAGACCAAGGUGGUAGAGUAUCUCCUUGGGAAGGGUGCUGAUGCGAAUGAGAAAACGCGUGAAGGGGUCCCGCCGCUUUUCUUCGCCAUCGAGGCGCGAGACGAAGAUAUCGCCAAGCAGCUGCUCGACCAUGACGCUGACCCGCACUACCAAACAGAAUGGGGUUCAACUGCACUACACGAGGCAUGCUUUGUAACGUCAGCACAUCUUACUCAGUUGCUCUUGGAGCGCGGAGCCGCGGUGGAUGCGGCAGACGUGGACGGCUGGACGCCGCUACACUGGGCUGCUCAGAACAACUCCAAGGAAUGUACUAUUCUGAUGCUCGACUCUGGCGCUUCGCUGUUGGCUGGAGCGAAUGCCUAUACGCCAUUUACCAUUGCGGUAAGACAACGCGCCACAGACGUGAUCGAGGCGAUGAACAGCCACGAGGAGAGGAGUGCUUCUGGUGCAGCUUCGCUGCCCGCUAGACUGGCCAUUGCGCUCGAAGAAGGUUAUGUCGACUUGGUUGGGAGGUUAUUUGAGAGUCUCGGCUGGCCAUCCCUCAACGCCGACAUGGUUCGAGAUAUCCUAACCGUUGCGCUGAAGGCUGAGCAGCAAGCCAUCUUCCACCAGUUGAAAUCGAAUGUCCUCGGACUUGACGGGCCGGAGAGGAGUCCUACGGACAUGGGUGAGGAUCCAGUCUGGUCCGAUGAGGAAGAAGACAUGCUCAGGGGCCAGUACUGGGGCAGCGACCUACAGAAGGCGAUGGUGCUGGACACUGCCUGGCAGCACUUCUCAGGGGCGCGUGACAUCGUGCCCGAUGCCAUGCUGCCAGUCGCCCUCGCCAACCGCUCACAUGAUGUGGUGAAGCUGCUGCUUGAGCGCGGUGCCAACCCGUAUCGCCAGCUCGGACGGUGGUCGUCGUCGUCACCAGUCCUGCUGGCUGUCAAACAAGACUCACGAGAGCUUAUGGCCCUUGUACUCGCCAAGAGCCGGCACUCUGCCGCUAAGAGUGUCCUGCUUGAGGCCAUUGAGGCCUGCGCUCGUGACGGCUUGAAACGCAAUGACAUGGCUAAGCUUCUAAUCACGCAUGGGGCGCUAGACGCCGACCCUGACGCUGCUGAAGACAAUGACGAUCGCGAUGAUCAAGACCUUGGGUGGUGGACGCGCUUACUCGUAGGGGAGUGGAAAGGAAAUUACAACUACGCCAACAGCUCGGACAGGUCUGAGGAUCCGACGGGGUUUCACAUCAAGACGGUUUUUGGGGGACCUCCGACCGCGCUGAAGAAGGGCCUCAUCUUGUUUUCCGGCGGUGGAGAGGAUAGGGUUGCAGAGUUUGUCGUGUAUGGCCAGGUCAUGUCGAACAAAGCCGUCAGGUUCGUGAAGCUGUACCCCGACUUUGGGUGGGCGUACAACGGCAGAGUUGAGAAGACCCACGCCGGCGAGUGCCAUAUGAAGGGCCAGUGGGCCAGACGAUUUGAUACAUCCGAGGCCCAAGGCGGGUUAUUUUCGCUGGAAAAGGAGCUGCCGACGAGGAUAGACGAUAUGGAUCUUUAA